AUGCAACUUAGUAGAAGCUUCCAAAAACUCUCAUCGUUCCCCUUAUCCGGAAACGAUGUUAGAUCAAGCAGUUCCAUUUCAUCACCGGUGAAAAAACCCAGAAACCCUACCCCAAAGAAGCCAAAUAGCCUCCAUGUCGAUGGUUUAGAAGGAGGAGGGAACUAUUCUUUCAUCAAGAUUCAGGAAAACGACCACCGUGACAUUAGAAUCUCAGAUGAUGCAAGUUGGUAUAGUGGUAUGCUAACGAGUGAGUUAAAAGCUUCUGUCACAAAUCUUAAGGCUUCAGACUAUAUACGGAGGUUCCAUGAGAGGAACAAACAUGAAUCUGUUUCCUUGGUGUUGCCUCCACCACCGCCGCCACCAGCUCUUCGAUAA